AUGCUGCUGCAGCGGUUCGCCCAGAGACUGCAGCAGCAGCAGCUGCAGCAGCAGCAGCAGCUGCUGCUGCUGAAGAGGCUUGAAGCGAAGUUUACAAGCACUGCUUCUGCUAGGGAGCGAGCUGCAGCUGCUCAGCAGCUGUCUGAGCAGCAACAGCAUCGGCAGCAGGAACAGCAGCAGCAGCAGGAACACCAGCAGCAGCAGCAGCAACUGUCUAUACAGCAGAGGCUGCAGCAGAUCGCGCAGCGGGUGGUAUUCUCCACAGCUGUGAGGAUACGCGGUUUCCUCAGCAGCAGCAGCAGCAGCAGUAGCAGCAGCUACGCCUUUGGAGGCUGGUGUAACUCGGGGCUCAUCGACCCUGUUGCUGCGGAUGCUGCAUCAGAGAAGGAGCAGCAGCAGCAGCAGCAGCAGCAGCCCAGCAAGUUGCUGCAGCAGGCAGUGCCCAGAGUGCUGCUGCUGCACCCUCAGUACGACCCUGCCGACCCUGUGCCCGAGCUGCUGCCCCAAAGCUACCUGCAGCAGCAGCAGCAGCUGCUGCUGCAGCGUGCUGGCGGUGGGAAGAACUCGCGGCGUAGGCAGCAGCAGCAGCAGCUCCCGAAGGGGCCUCUACCUGCCUCUGCUGCUGCUGCAACUUCUGCUGCUGCUGCUGCUGCUGCUUGCAUCCCUUCUCCUUUUGACUUUUCCUUCCCGUGGGCAAUGGGCCCCAGUGAGCGGCUCUACACUUAUCUUUGCAGUGUGGGCCCACCCUCAGCAGCAGCAGCAGCAGCAGCAGCAGCAGCAGCAGCAACAGGCCGAGGGCCCCCGCCUGGUGCAGCAGCAGCAGCAGCAGCUGCUGCUUCUUUGGGGGCCCUCGUGAGGGGCCGUCGUGUGCUGGACUGCGGCUGCUACGAAGGGGCUGGGGUGUCGCUGCUGCUGCAGCAGCUGGGGGCAGCAGCAGCAGUGGGCGUAGACAUUAGCAAAGCAGCAGCAGCAGCAGCAGCUCGCCGCUGCCAGCAGCAAGUAGCAGCAGGCCGUGCGGCGCUGCUGGGGGGGGACCUCUGCAGCAGCACGGUGCUUCCGCAGGUGCAGCAGCAGCUGCGGCGGCUGCAGCAGCAGGCAGCUGGCGAUCGGCCCCCCCACCCAGCAGCAGCAGCAGCAGCGCCAGCAGCAGCAGCAGCAGCAGCAGCAGCAGAUGAGGGCUUUGAUGUCGCCGUUGCUGCCAGCUUCUCUGUCCCGUAG